CACGCGCGCACACAUGCACGCGCCCAGUCCAGCCCACGACGUCGCGCGACAGCAACAACAAUGGCCAAGCGUUAGUGUGCGGCGUCAGGAGCUCGCUUCUCUCUCUCUCUCUCUCGUCUACAGCCCGCUCCGCGUCCUCCCCCUUUUUUUUUUUUAAUUCCUCCACUUUUUUUUUUUUUUUUAAUAAUAACGCGGCUCGUUUGUUGUUUUUGUUGUUAAUACUCGACAUCCAAUGCUAACCGUGCCUAGCUUGUAUCCGCGCACAAUGUCGGCAGCGAACAGAGCGUGUGUCCCCGCCGCUUGGCCGCUGCUGCUAACUAGCUGCCGCCUUUUCCCCCGCUAAGUCGUCGCUUGGUACUUUAAAAAAAAAAGAGAAGAGAAAACAGGUUUGUUCGACGGUGGUCCAAUAUCGGCUAAUCGACACGAAGCGUUGUGUAUGAGUGUGGUGGAAGCGAGUUAGCUAACAGGCUAGCUAUUUGUGUUCGCGGCAAAGAAGGGAAAACCUGCACAGUUGCCUUCUUUUUUUUUUAAUUUUUUUAUACACACACACACACAAAAAAAAAAAAAAAAAGUCAUGGACGACCAGACCAGGAUGUUGACGGGUCUCACCGGACUUGGUGGACUACAGCCGGGCGACGUCGGCGACCCGGACUCGGUUCGGAAGCAGCAGUCCCUGGGCCAGCCCCAGCAGGACAUCGGGGACAUCCUCCAGCAGAUCAUGGCCAUCACGGACGAGAGUCUGGACGAAGCACAGGCCAGAUGCUGGCCAGAGGAUUCGCCGGCGCAUUGGGGUGGAUCAGACGACCCCACAGAGGGAGGGAGAGCAGGGGGGGGCAUGGCAGGGGGUGGCCUGCCAGUCAACUUCCAGUACAGGAAGCAUGCCCUGAACUGUCACAGAAUGAAGCCAGCCCUGUUCAGUGUUCUCUGUGAGAUCAAAGAGAAGACAGUGCUGAGUAUACGAGGUGUGCAGGAGGAAGACCCUCCGGAUCCCCAGAUCAUGCGGCUGGACAACAUGCUUCUAGCGGAGGGCGUGUCAGGGCCGGAGAAGGGCGGAGGGUCGGCUGCGGCGGCCGCGGCAGCAGCAGCGGCGGGGGGCUCGCCCACCGACAGCAGCAUCGAACACUCCGACUACAGAGCUAAGCUGGCCCAAAUUCGCCAGAUAUACCACUCGGAGCUGGAGAAGUAUGAGCAGGCAUGCAGCGAGUUCACCAACCAUGUAAUGAACCUGCUGAGGGAGCAGUCUCGAACGCGACCCAUCUCGCCCAAGGAGAUCGAGCGCAUGGUGGCCAUCAUCCACCGCAAGUUCAGCUCCAUCCAAAUGCAGCUUAAGCAGAGCACUUGCGAAGCAGUCAUGAUCUUGCGCUCACGCUUCCUCGACGCCAGACGUAAGAGGCGCAACUUCAAUAAGCAAGCGACAGAGGUGCUCAACGAGUAUUUCUACUCCCACCUGUCCAACCCUUACCCUAGUGAGGAGGCGAAGGAGGAGCUGGCCAAAAAGUGUGGGAUCACAGUGUCUCAGGUCUCUAAUUGGUUCGGCAACAAGAGAAUACGUUACAAGAAGAACAUUGGGAAGUUCCAGGAGGAAGCCAACCUCUACGCAGUCAAGACAGCAGUGGACGCCGCCAAUGUGUCCGCGCAAGCGAGCCAGGCUAACUCUCCGGCGACACCCAACUCAGGCGAUGCCUACCUUGGGCUCCGAUUGCUCAACGGGGAGGGUAUCAACAUCGCCCCCUCUCUACAGCCGCAGGUGGAUACCCUGCACCGUGCUACACACCUGACGGGCGGCUAUGAGGAGCUGUCAGGUAGUGGCCUCUACACCCCUCAUCGCCUGGAUGCUAACAGCUGGCAGGACACAACAACCCCCCCCUCCGUCACCUCCCCUCCCGGCGCUCCUGGCAGUGUCCACUCCGACAACUCCAACUGACUCCCCACUCUCUCCUCCACCUCCCGCCGCGCCAUUUCCCUCCUCCGCCUCCAUGGGAUCAUUUCAUCCACACACUGUGCUGGACCACAGGACGGUCUGACCCCGCCCCCGUCUAUACGUGCACGCUGACCUCACACAGUGCUCUUUACCACCCCCCCCCCAAACGUUAGCAUCCCCGCCAUGAGAGGGGCACUCAUGCUGUUGAAAGGACGGAGCAGGUAGGAAGAAGAAGGAGGAGCGUGGAUGGAACAAUAACGGCCCUUUUUUUUUUUUUUUUUUUAUCGCCAACCACCAGAGGGCGCCGCUAACUUCUUUGCUUUCUGUCUGCUAGUUUCUUUAAUCGUAGCCGAUUUUUUUUUUGGUUUGUUUUUCACCAAGAAUGCACCAGCCGCCACCAAAAAAAAGAAAAAGGAUAAAUAAAAUCCACCCGCUCCCAAUAAAGCAGGGGUGUCCAAACUUUUUCCACUGAGGGCCGCACAUUGAAAAUUCAAAGCAAUUGACAUUUUUUUUUAUUUUAAAAAACAAUACAAUAUAUGUAUAAAAAAUAUACAUUUGGGCCUCCACUCAGGCUUGAUCCCAAAAGGGUUUUGGUCAAAAAAAUAUAAAAUAUGUGUCAUUAUUUUUAUUAUUAUUCACGUUUUAAAUCUCUAGAUCAACAUUAAGUCUAUCCGUCAAGAUCUUUUUAUAUUUAUAUAGCGCUUUUCUCAAGUGACUCAAAGCGCUUCACAUAGUGAAACCCAAUAUCUAAGUUACAUUUAAAGCAGUGUGGGUGGCACUGGGAGCAGGUGGGUAAAGUGUCUUGCCCAAGGACACAACGGCAGUGACUAGGAUGGCACAAGCGGGAAUCGAACCUGCAACCCUCAAGUUGCUGGCACGGCCACUCUACCAACCGAGCUAUGCCGCCCCAAGAUUUAAGUUGUAUGCUCUUUUUGUCUGAAAAAACUCAGUUUUUUAAUGGAAAAAUCACAAAAUAUGCAAUAUUUUCGUCCAAUAUUUUUUUUUUAAGUGGAAUAUUUGAGAUUAUAAAAUAAUUGGAGCAUUAAAAAAGUCAAUAGCUAGUAACACCACUGAUUUUAAUUAAUUAUAAUUUUUUUGAGCAAUGACACUUAAAUAACAAAUCACAUUAAAAUUAUUGGGGGAUCCUACUCAUUAAAGUGUUAAAAUAAAUUAUUUAAAAAAAAUUACCGUUUACUUUUGAUCUCGAGAUCAACUUCAGAUCUAUCCGUCAAUUAUAAGUUUUAUUGUUUAUGUUUUUUGUUUGUUCAUUUUAGGCCCUUCUUUGAAAAAAAAAACGCUAUUUUUUUAUGGCAAACAUUUUCCCCAAAAAUAUCUCAAAGUGGAAAAUUUAAGGUGACGUAAUCGGAGCCUUGAAUAGAUCAAUAAUUCAUAAUGACGUUGAUUUUGAUUCAUUAUUAUUUUUUACAGAAAGAAACAGCCUGCCUGUCAGCUUUGUGUUAUUAGAGUAAACAUUGCAACAUUUUCUUGUUACAUUUCACCCGUUUGCUCUUUUAUAUCACUUUUUACGUUUUAAAAAGUUUUUCAAUGGUAUUUUUAAAAUGUGUUAAAAAAACAUGGCCCCCGGGGCCGCACUUUGGACACCCCUGCAAUAAAACAUGGAGAGGAGGGGGAGGGAGGGGUUAACAAAAACUGUCUUCCAUGCAUGUUAGGACUUCUAAGCGUGUUUAUUUUUUUUUUCCCCCCUUUAACCCUUUUCCCAGGUUUUUAGCUUCAUUUUUAAUUAAGAAAAACUUAGGAAGAAAAAAAAAAAAGUUUAAAAAGGUUCUCAUUAUGACAGUCAAGACCAAAAAAGGAAAAAAAAAAAAAAAAAGAGGAGAAAGUGCACCGUGUUGUUGCUAUGAUAGGUGCUUAUCUGCGUGUGAGUCACGGGGAAGCACACCUUCUGUUGUACCAAAAACCAAAAAUACCACAGUCAGUAAUGAAGAUGAUGGCGAGGACGCCGCCGCCACCCUUUGUGUGUCUUUGUCUCUGUACGGCGGUCUCGUGCCUCAAUUAUUUCAUUUUACUUCUCGGGGGAGGGGGGGUCGUUGCAGUAAGAACAUCCAUCCUCACGCAUUUACUUUUAUUAUCGUUUAUUUUCCUCUACUUUCUUUUCUGUCCAUUCAGGCGAGGAGGGGCUUCUCUCUUUCCUGUUACCAAAAAGAAAGACUACACUCUUUGGAACUAUUUUUAGCUGUUUUUUAAAAUAAAGUCGUGAUCAUGUUCGGUUGUCGCCUUACCGUGGAAAAAAAAAAAAGGGGGGGGGGGGAAAGCGUAAACGGGAUUCUCCUGACUUUUCUUACUAACGGCGGUUCAUGCGACUGUAUUUUAGGAACACCAAAAUUGUCAUCAAGCCCCGCCCCCUUCUUUUUUUGCCCUGUUGUUAUGGAUGUCAGUGUACAGUUUGUGUAAUGUUUCACGAUUUCUUUUAUAAUGCUCAUGUUUUUUUUUUGUUGGUCUUUUUGUCCCCCUAACCCAGUGCUUCUUAACCUUGUUGGAGGUUCCGAACUCCACCAGUUUCAUGUUCCCUGAACCCUUCUUUAGUGGAAAAUACAAUUUAAAUGUUUUUGUCAAAUUCAAGACAGAGUUACCCUAUUUUUCGGACUCCUGGGUGCGACCUACAGUCCGAAAAAUACGGUAUAGGUUUUUGGUAACACUUUAGUAUGGGGAACAUAUCCUGGACUUAAUUCUAAGUAGGGCUACAACUAACAACUAAUUUGAUAAUCGACUAAUCUGUCGAUUAUUACUUCGAUUAAUCGAUUAAUAAUCGGAUAGAAGAGCCAAACUACAUUGUUUGCAGCCCUAAUUCUAAGUAACAAAGACUUAAUUUAGAGUUUCUUGGACACCAGGGGACAUAUUUUAAGUAUGGCUGCAACUAAUUUGAUAAUCGAUUAAUCUGUCGAUUAUUACCUCGAUUAAUAAUCGGACAGAAGAGACAAACUACAUUUCUAUCCUUUCAAGUAUUUUAUUGAAAAACAGCAUACUUGUUUUGAUUAUUGUUUCUCAGCUCUUUGUAAAUGUUGCAGUUUAUAAGUAAAGGUUUAUUUAAAAAUAUAUAUCCAUCCAUCCAUUUUCUACCGCUUAUUGUAUAUAUAUUUUUUUAUGAAUAAAAAAAGUAGCCUCUGCGCAUUCACAUAGCAUAAAUCCAACAAAAUGAUGACUAAAUUAAUCGCCAACUAGUUGUUGCAGCCCUAAUUCUAAGUAACAAAGACUUAAUUUAGAGCUUUUUGGACACCAGGGGACAUAUUUUAAGUAUGGCUGCAACUAACAACUCAUUUGAUAAUCGAUUAAUCUGUCGAUUAUUACUUCGAUUAAUCGAUUAACAAUCGGACCAAAGAGACAAACUACAUUUAUAUCCUUUACAGUAUUUUAUUGAAAAACAGCAUACUUAUUUUGAUUAUUGUUUCUCAGCUCUUUGUAAAUGUUGCAGUUUAUAAGUAAAUGUUUAUUUAAAAAAAUAUAUAUAUAUAUUUUUAAAUAAAUUUAAAAAGUAGCCUCUGCGCAUUCACAUAGCAUAAAUCCAACAAAAUGAUGACUAAAUUAAUCGCCAAUUAGUUGUUGCAGCCCUAAUUCUAAGUAACAAAGACUUAAUUUAGAGUUUCUUGGACACCUGGGGACAUAUUUUAAGUAUGGCUGCAAUUAACGACUAAUUUGAUAAUCGAUUAAUCUGUCGGUUAUUACUUCGAUUAAUCGAUUAAUAAUCGGACAGAAGAGACAAACUACAUUUCUAUCCUUUCCAGUAUUGAAAAACAGCAUACUUAUUUUGAUUAUUGUUUCUCAGCUCUUUGUAAAUGUUGCAGUCUAUAAGUAAAGGUUUAUUUAAAAAAAUAUAUAUAGAUUUUUUUUUAUAAAUUAAAAAAGUAGCCUCUGCGCAUUCACAUAGCAUAAAUCCAACAAAAUGAUGACUAAAUUAAUCGCCAACUAGUUGUUGCAGCCCUAAUUCUAAGUAACAAAGACUUAAUUUAGAGUUUCUUGGACACCAGGGGACAUAUUUUAAGUAUGGCUGCAACCAACAACUCAUUUGAUAAUCGAUUAUUCUGUUGAUUAUUACUUCGAUUAAUCGAUUAAUAAUCGGACAGAAGAGACAAACUACAUUUCUAUCCUUUACAGUAUCUUAUUGAAAAACAGCAUACUUAUUUUGAUUAUUGUUUCUCAGCUCUUUGUAAAUGUUGCAGUUUAUAAGUAAAGGUUUAUUUUAAAAAUAUAUAUAUAUAUUUUUUUUUUAAAUAAAUACAAAAACUCAGCCUCUGCGCAUUCACAUAGCAUAAAUCCAACAAAAUGAUGACUAAAUUAAUCGCCAACAAUUUUUAUAAUUGAUUAGUUGUUGCAGCCCUAAUUCUAAGUAACAAAGACUUAAUUUAGAGUUUUUUGGACACCAGGGGACAUAUUUUAAGUAUGGCUGCAACCAACAACUCAUUUGAUAAUCGAUUAAUCUGUCGAUUAUUACUUCGAUUAAUCGAUUAAUAAUCGGAUAGAAGAGACAAACUACAUUUCUAUCCUUUACAGUAUUUUAUUGAAAAACAUAUUUAUUUUGAUUAUUGUUUCUCAGCUCUUUGUAAAUGUUGCAGUUUAUAAGUAAAGGUUUAUUUAAAAAAAUAUAUGUUUUUUUUUUAAAUAAAUUUAAAAAGUAGCCUCUGCGCAUUCACAUAGCAUAAAUCCAACAAAAUGAUGAUUAAAUUAAUCGCUAACUAGUUGUUGCAGCCCUAAUUCUAAGUAACAAAGACCUAAUUUAGAUUUAUUUGGUUAGGGUUAGAGAGUUAGGGUUAUAAUAAAGCCUUAAUAAGUAUGUUACUAAUUUGCACGUUAAUAAGCAACUAAUUAAUGGUGAAUAUGUUCCCUAUACUAAAGUGUUACCAUGUUUUUUUUUUUACUGGUGCACAAAAUGAAGCGUGCAUGAACAUCAGCUUGUUCAAACAAAAAAACCAUCACAGUCCAAAAAACUCACAACAAAUUACUUCUGCUGUUGCCGUACCCGUAAUACGCCGAUAGGGAGAAGUUUUUUAUUUACACGAUGAGUCGGGUGUGUCUUGACCUCCGCCGAACCCCUAGGGUUCCAUCGAACCCAGGUUAAGAACCACUGCCCCCCCCUCCCCCCCUGACACACACUAACGGGACUCUAUAUAACUCUGUAUCCAAUUUUCAUUAUUAUUGUUAUUAUUAUUAUUAUUAUUAUUAUCCUUUAGGUUGUUUUUGUCGUCGUUUCAUAACUGGGUGGAAAUGUCGGGUUCGCUGCUGUGGAAACGGUCUUUACUUUGUAACGGGUGGAAAUGUAAACAAUGUAACGGUUCCUAAAGGGUUUGAAAUGAAGCUUGUGUCGGGCGUGAAGGUGCAUGUUUGCUUUCAUGUCACGAGAAGCACGUCCACGGCAGCCAAUGACUCAUAAGCCCCCCCCCCUUUUUUUUGUCUUCUUUUUUGGGGGAUUUAUGAUCAUUUUUCUUCUUCUUAGUAUAUUUGUAUCUCCUCUCUUUCCCUUGUAUUUACCCCCCCCCCCUCUCUCUCUCUCUCUCUACCUCUGUCUUUCCAUCUCUGUUGUGUAUAUAAGCCCCCACCUUCUCCCCCCCCCUGCCCCCCCACUGUUUUCAGACCUGUGCGUCUGUACGAACUCCUUUUAUACCUCAACUUUAGAAUUGUUCUAGAAAGAAAGAGUAAAAACAAAAAGGAAGAAUGACAAAUUGUAGUGUUCUUAUUAGAAACUUAAUAAAAAAAAAACAAUUUAGUGUGAUUUAUUUUUUUUUCUUCUUCUUCUUCUUCUUCUUCCAGUAUUUUUGAUUUCAGACUUUAGGAGUGUUUCAUUUUAUAAGUUGUCACAAAAAAUGCUCUUGUGAUAGUCAAAUGUAAUAAAAAGGAGAGAUUGCACCAUU